UAGCACAUCGAAAUAAUAAAAUAUGAAUUCUGAUUUUGAGAAUUUAAGAGACGGUAACGCAAGUUUAAUAUGUCUUAAGAUGCAUACACAUAAUACACGAGAUAUGUUGGCUACCGAUGACCAGGCCACUGUAAUUCAUAUUAAUCAGUGCUUUGAUAACUUGUUAAAUACUAGUGCAAUAGAAUGCACACCAGGUUUGGGAAGUCGUGACUGCCAGCACCAGAAUACGAAUUCUUAUGCACAUAGCACUUUAAACUCAAUAGAUGGACAAUAUUUGGUGGACACAUCCGAGAUACUCAGGCCAAAGAAGAGUAGUGAAAGCAACACACACAUUUGUCGUCAAAAUGUAAGCUGUGUCAAUCGACGUACGAGACGUGGUCAUGGAGUGCUUAAAAAAGUUAGAGAAUUCGAAUCGAUUUUAUCCCCAGCGCAGCUUCGACCAAAUAAUUUUAUAGAUCUUUCGUUUACUAACCUAGAUUACUUUAUCACACAAAAAGAAUGGGCAAAGAUCUUGAUAGACCAUUUAAAACCUAAUAUUAAAAAUAUCCUUUCAAUUACAAUGCAGACCAGAGCAAAUGGUAACACUUUGGCUUUUGUUAGAGUUGGUAGUGUUAAAGAUGCUCGUUUCGCGAUCUCUCGCUUUCAUCAGAAAAGGAUUGGAUUUAGGCGAAUUCGGGUUAGCAUUAUGGAUCCAAAUCGAGUAUAUAACAACAAUAGUUUAAGGCUUGAUGUGAUUUCACUCUUACGUUCAGCUUCCGGAUAUUCUUUACCUCUUUGUAAAUUUAUUGAGCGAUUCGAAAAACGAUUUCAUCGAGAGAUAAGUGCAUCAGACUUAAAGAAGAUGCGAGAUAUUAUUGAAAUCAGGGAAAGUCCAGGAAGUAUUGGUGACCAUUCAGUGACUUUAAAUAAACGAGCUAUGGAAAUUAAUGGACUCCAGAUGUCUAAUGAGCCUGUAGUGUGUAGACAGCACUGUUUUGAAGGAAGUGAAGAUUAUAUUCGUGCAACGGCCCGUUGUUUGUUGCCCUGCAUCAAUAUUCACCUAAACUCAUUUCGGGAACAACUAAUGAAACUUUUACACAAUCAUGGCGAUUGUAUGCCAUUGAUGAGCUUCCCUGCCUGUUAUAAAUCAGAAUUCGGCGACUCAGCCAUUGUAUAUUCUGACGACACACGUGACAAACCAGAAGUUGACAGUGACCCAGCUGGUCCCAGUAAUUCCAGAGGAAGUAUGGAGAAUGACAAUUCCAGCAGUUUUCUAAAAAUGUCUGAAGGUGAAAAGUUCGUAACUUCCACUCAGUCAGAUGAAGUUGUCCUUCCGAACAAAUAUUCUGUCAAGAUGACUAGCGACCAGCAGUACAAGUCAUCAUCACAACAACACCAUAAGAAACAAGGUGUGCCUCUUGAACAUCUUAUUACCUGUGUGUCUUCAGUCAUUAUUCGCACCGAAUCAAAUGGAGAGAGAUACAUUGUCUAUGAUCCGAACUACGAAAUAGGUAAUAUGAGAAUGUUGACAUUAUCUCACAGUGUGCAAAUUAGACGGUUCACCAGUGAACUGAUCAAGGUGCUGAAAUCUCAGUCAACAAAGUCCUGUCGUUUAGCUGAUUAUCCGACAAUAUAUAAACGCACUUACCGCAAAGAAUUCUGUAUAACAGAUUAUGGUGUCUGUUAUCUUACUGAUAUGCUGUCGGAACUGUCUGAUAAUGCUGUGGAAGUAACCGGUUCGGGUUCAGACACAGUUGUGUCAUUACCGAAACCCAUACAAACCAGUGAGGAAAGGUAUCGUACCACAAUGUUUGCGGAUGAAGUAGUCGAUCUGCUCAGUCAAAGACCUCGUUGCCGACUACCCAUUAAUAAAUUUAUUCCAUCGUAUCACCAUCACUUUAGUCGACAGUGUCGGGUUUCUGACUAUGGCUUCACAAAACUAGCAGACCUUCUGGAUGCGAUUUCCCACGUAAUCCAGAUUAUAGAAGAAAACAAAGAAAAAUACAUCAGCCUUCUGCCUGAGAAACACUUGCAAAUUUUCGCCGAAAGACUUGUGGUGCUUCUGGAAGCGUCACUAGACAGAAGAAUACCUAUCAAUGAUCUGACAGAUGUGUAUGCAAAACAUCACGGUUAUGCUUUAUGUUUGGAGGAUUUCAACGUGUUCUCAUUGAAAGAGUUAUUAUCCAAGUUUCCACAUCUCUUCUAUACUGAGGUAGACUAUUCGCAAGAAAUACAGAAUACAUCAAAACUGUCAUCAGAAGGUAAACUAACUGAAACUAUUGAAGGUGGAGAGCAACAGACCGAACCGAAUCAAGAUGGUGAUCAAGUAGCAGAUACGAAAGUGGGAAAUACUGCAGCCAUUGAAAACUUCACCCCGAAUUACAAUGCUGUUGAAUAUGUGUGCUUAGUUGAUCGAACAGCGAUCAGACAUUUAGCGCGCAGGGUUAUUUUGAUAUUGCAACAAUAUCAGCUUGGAGCUACGUCUGUUCUGUCGUUUUACGAACGGUUCCGAUAUCAGUUUAGAAACGAACCUGUGUUGGAUGUAAUAUUUGAAGAAUUGGAAAGUAUUGUAGAGCUUCGGAAGGAUUUGCCUAAUCCACGUGGCGCAAUGUCAUGUAGCUCAUCGGAUGAAGCGAUUCCAUAUGACAUAAUAAAUCCUCCUCACUAUAGACAUACUCAACUUCAAAGCGAUCCGUUUCAGAAUGUGUGUGAUGAUAAGCGCAGUACGAAAAUUCCAUUGGCAAUACUAUUGAAUUGCUUUAUAGCUCUUCGUCCACUGAUCAGACUCGCCGGCGACUUGAAAGAGCUAUUAAGUCACAGUAAUGGGAAGAUCUUGCUUGUAAAUUUGUGUACCAUGUACCGAAAACAUUUUGGUGUUCCGUUAAAAGCAGAGAAUUAUAAUUAUCCAUCGUUGGUAACCUUGUUAAAGGCGAUGGAUUUUGUGGUUUCAAUAAGAGGUCGUGGUCUUCAGCGCACAGUGUGUCUUUGUGAGGACUUUAUAGGAAGAUUAUCAAACCGCGUUGCAUAUAAUACAAAGGUGAAAUUGAAGGAUCCUAGAAAUCCGCUUUGUUCACACGAAAACGAGCUGGAAACACUCAAAGCCUCGCUCAACCAUGAAUCUAUUUUCAUCGGCAAACUCCCGAUGUCAUCACCGCACAUCUUGUGUUUACCCCUUCGACCCUGUCGUUCUUCAACGCUUAAAUCCGAAAUGUUAUGCACGUCGAGUCAAUGUUCUGAUAAGCCUGUGAGUCCGAGUCCAGCAGAAUUAUUGCAUGAGAACAAUUCCGUUGGUGCUGUUUGCUGCAAUGAAGUGGCAGAUUCCAAAGAAUUAUCUUAUAGCGGAAUGCUUCACCCUUCAUCAUCUCCAUCGUUUGCGUAUCGACUUCCUUAUGCUCAUUAUUCUGUGACCACUUCUGGUCAAACAGGUUCUUUCACAGUGGCGCCAAGUUUGAAUUCAUCACAAUAUGGUUACUACCACUUCUUACCAGUCCCUCCGAAUAGAAUAGGACACUUUCUGGUUGCGCGCGCAAACUUCGUUGGCCAUGUGGAUCCGAGUUCUCAAACUGCAAUCCCUUUUCUACCUAAUGGAACAAGUUACGCGCAUAAUGGAAAGCAGCACCCACCAGAUUGUCAUUCGCCUCCCUAUAGUGCAUUCAAUCCUACUACUAAUGGCUCUCAAACACACUAUCCUACUUUCACACCCUUACCACCUAAUCAAACAUCAAGUACAAAUUUUGUGGCACCUACUAGUACACCAACGAUUUCAAACAUUCCAUAUGCAAGUUCACUACUUUCAUCACCUCAGUUUUAUCCUUUUGGUGUAGAUAUGACUUAUCUAGCUCCACUCAGUCAAGCAUUUCAUCAUCAAGCCAACCCUCAAUAUACCGGGCUAGAAUUCACUAAUCACCAGUUGGCCGGUACAAAUCCGAAUGUCAAUUCGAUUUAUCCAGCCAAACAAUUUGGCCAAACUCAUGUUUGUCCGGAGAAAUCCUCGAACAUCCUAACUACUUUUUCUGCACCAGUCAAGUCGAUUUCGUCGUCUACUUCUCAACAGCGGUUAGAUGAGCUCGUUGAAAGACUGGCCUACGGUAAUGAAUUGAAAAGUACUAACAUGGUGGUGGCUGCACAGAACGCUGAAACUGCUAAUCAUUCAAAUGUUUAUCAUACAACGAAUAUGGUAGAUGGUACACAGUUUUUGUCAAACUGCUUGACUCCAUCGACAUCUAGUAACUCUUAUUCACAGAUAAAUCCUUUUACAAAUAAUGCAUUACAGUAUUCUUCGAUUUACAACCAAAAUGUACCUACUAGUCAACCUGGAGUGGUUAAGCUUCCGAUAAAUAACUCCUGUAUGUUUUAUGAUACCAACUGCUCGAAUAUACGUGUUAAUCUUGGGGGUGAAGGGUGUUAUGCCGGUUGGAACCAAAGGGCUAAUUCUUCUUGCAGAUAUCUCACUGGAGAGUGUUCAAAAGGACAGAUAACCGGUGUUGUGCAUCCUAAUGGUGGUGUCAAGUGUCCAAUUCCAGUGCGACCAAGUUCUCAAGCUAGUCAGUUACUGUCUCAUAGUCAACAUAAGUAUAUGCAGAACUUAUUGCCUAAUAAAUUCACUGGCGAAACAAUGAUGACAUCAACAAGUAAUUCGUCAGGUGGAUUUCUACACGGAAAGCAGUCUGCAAUUACGGCAGAUCCCUUUUUAUCUGAAAGUAACCAACUUCAUAGAGCAAGUCCUACUGUUCAUUGUUUCAGUCAACCUGUCGACUGUGUACAAAGUCACACAAAUCCUCUUGCUCAAAGGAAUUACUUUCAGAAUAAUGACGACACACAGCGAAUGAAGUUAUCACAACAGCUGUCAUCACAUAUCACUGGUUUAGCAAGUGCGUUUCCACUUCAAUGA